AAGUAUUGAAAAAGGGCAGCAAACUUGUUGCUCGUUAUGGACAGAUGAAUUAUUCAAGUGGAAGAUUUGCUUUUGUGAUGCAACCGGACGGAAAUCUUGUAGCUUUAACCACAAGGUUCCCACUGAAUUCACCGUACCAGUCUUACUGGGAAACCAAAACUGCAGGCAAUGGCUUCCAGGUUAUCUUUAACCAGUCUGGCUACAUCUACAUAGAAGCUGAAAAUGGAAGCAUACUCAGCUACCUAGCAUCGAACGGAUCUUCAUCUAGGGACUAUUACCAACGAGCAAUCCUUGAAUAUGAUGGGGUCUUCAGAUAUUAUGUCUAUCCAAAGAACAAGAGCGUCACUGCUGGAAGGUCCAUGGGCUGGUCCUUUCUGUCCUACGUACCAGAAAAUAUUUGCACAAGCAAGCUACUAUAUUCUGGUGGUGCGGCUUGUGGGUACAACAGCUACUGUAUUCUAGGAAAUGAUCAAAGACCUAAAUGCCUGUGCCCACCUAGAUACUCAUACUCAGAUCCAUAUAAUGACACGAAUGGAUGUAAACCGGAUUUUGUCUCACAAGAGUGUGAUGGUCCUAGAGGCCAAGAUGCAGAUCUUUUUGGUAUCGAGGCUAUGAGCAAUAUAGAUUGGCCUUGGUCAGAUUACGAAUAUUUUUAUUCGGUUACUGAGGAUUGGUGCAGAAAUUCCUGCUUAGCUGAUUGCUAUUGUGCUGCUGCAUUCUCUCAAAAUGAUACAUAUUGUUGGAAGAAGAAAUUUCCUCUCAGGAAUGGAAGAUUUGAUACUGGUCUUGGAGGAAAGUCACUGGUCAAAAUAAGGAUAGGCAAUUCUACAUCAACAUCUACUACUGAGGGUUCAGGCAAGGGUUCAAAGGAGAAGCAUAAGUCAACUCUGAUUCUUGUUCUGGCUAUGCUCUUAGGUUUCUCAGCAUUUUUUAUCUUUGUUCUGUUGAUUGCAACUCUGUGGUUUGUUUCCGUCUUAAGAUGCAGGAAAACAAGCAUGCUUCAACCUUCCAGAGCAACCCAAGGCAUGAGUCUACAAAGCUUCACCUAUAAGGAGCUUGAGGAAGCUACGAAUAAAUUUGAGGAAGAACUUGGAAAGGGUGCUUGUUCAACAGUUUACAAAGGCAUUCUAGAUAUUGGUAAUAAGACUUUCAUUGCCGUUAAAAGAUUGGACAAGAUGGAGAAAGACCGCAAUGAGAAGGAAUUUCAAGCAGAAAUGAGUGCCAUUGGGAAGACAAACCACAAGAAUCUCGUGCGGCUACUAGGAUUCUGCAAUGAGGGACAACAUCGGCUUUUGGUGUAUGAAUACAUGAGCAAUGGAUCUUUAGCAUCUUAUCUUUUUGGGAAUCCAAGGCCCAGUUGGUAUAGAAGAACUGAAAUUGCUUUUGGAACUGCAAGAGGGGUUGCUUAUUUGCAUGAAGAAUGUAGCAACCAGAUAAUACACUGCAACAUUAAGCCUCAAAAUAUCCUGCUAGAUGACUCCUUGACAGCAAGAAUUUCAGACUUUGGAUUAUCAAAACUUUUGAAGACAGACCAGACACGAACUGUUACAGAAGUAAGGGGAACAAGAGGAUAUGUUGCCCCUGAAUGGUUGAUUGGAAAGAAGCCUGUAACGGUCAAGGUUGAUGUUUACAGCUUUGGAAUUCUGCUGCUAGAGCUCAUUUGUUGUAGAAGGAAAGUUGAGCAAGAUUUAGAGGAUGAAAAACAAAGGGUAUUGGCUGAUGGGGCAUAUGAUUGCUAUGAAGAAGGGGAACUAUAUCUGCUAGUUCAGGAGGACGAAGAGGCAAUGGAGGACAUUAAGAGGGUAGAGAAGUUUGUAAUGAUUGCCAGCUGGUGCAUUCAAGAUGACCCAUCACUGAGACCCACUGUGAAGACAGUGUCACAGAUGCUUGAAGGAACCAUUGAAGUUCCUCAUCCUCCAGUCAAUCCCCACUCAUCAGUUUAAUUUAUACCCACCAAAGCCCCAUGAUCUGUUAAUAUUGAAGAAGUGUACUCAAUAUUGUUGGCCUUUCGGAUUCAUGGGGUGAUCUCUGUUUAUCUUGUGAGGCUUCUUCUAGAUACUUUAGUUACAGGAAACCUGCAAAGCCGGCUUUACAUCUUGCAGCCAGCUCUUCAAGAAAAAUAGAAUGUGUAGGAAACCUACAAAGUCGGCUGUAGAACUCUAAGCUGGCUGUACAAAGCCAACUCUAUACUUUAAGCCGGUUGUGCUGACAAUUCUACAAUUUGAAAUUGCACGUCUUGCAGAGCAUUAAAUAACCCCCAAUGGCUAGAAACGGCUAUUUUCGAGCAAGGGGUUAUAAAUAUGGUUGGUAGUAGAUCUAAAAUAAGCUUAGAGAGUAUUGUAUUGAAUAUCUCUACCUAUCAACUUGUGCUUUAACUUGAGUAUUUAAUCUUUAAGUGAUUUUUGCUUGUAAUCCUCUUUUUGUUCAAUUUUGUGAGUGAUCUUGAGGAUGUGAUUAUUCAUUCAAGAGUGAUUUGUAAAGAAGAUUGUUUGGGUUUAUCUUGUAAAGGGGUGAGAUUUGAGAGAAAUACUUAUCUUCUUGUAAAAGGAUUGAGUGGCUCCUUUAAGCCACCCUUGUUCUUGAUAGUGGAGAGUGUGGAGAAAAUCCUUAGUGAGUGAAGCCAAGCACUCAUCCUUAAACCCUUUCUAAAUUCUUCCGAAUUCCUUUCUGUUUUCAUCAGUCAAUCUGCCCCAAACACCCAGAUUACCUUACGAAGAAGGCGAGGAAAAGAAUCAAAGAUGAAUUUUUCUCUGGCUAACCUAAGAACAAAGAAAGGUGAUAAUUAAUGGAAAUUUAAAGAACCAAGCAAUACCCUUAUAUUGUAUCCUUAAUUCUGAAGCAAAACUCCCUAUCUACAGAUUCCCCUUAUUAUAUAUUGAAUGUUGACUAAUCAAACAGCCAAUCUA